AUGAUCACGCCGCGCUCGCUCCCCGUUGGUGAUCUGGCUGCUUGUUCUGAUCCAGUACUCCUCCUCAUUACUACACCAAAGAAAAUGGAAGUACUGGAAGGAUCUUGUUUGCAAGUCCCAUGUAACUAUAGUGCUGUGGAUGGAGGAAAUGCUGACUUUGACAAAACCAAAGAGAUAGUUGGAAUCUGGAGGAACCCAGACAGUAAUAUUGACUUGGUCAGUAUUACUGGAAACCUGACUGAACUCAACUGCACCUCUGUGUUCUCUAAUCUGGUCCAAAGUCCCCAAGAGUAUUUCUUCAGGAUUGAGAAUGAUGAAUUCAAGGCAACAGCUGAUUGUAAUGGUCUUCAAAUAACAGUUAAAGAUUAUCCUUGGAGCCCCACCAUGACCAUCUCAGGUGAUCUGAAGGAGAAUGAGCGUGUCACUAUAACCUGCUCAGCUGUCACUCCCUGUCCACACUCCCCUCCUGAACUCACCUGGAAUCUCCAACAAGACUCUCCCACACAAACAAAGAAAAACAAAGAUGGAACCUUGAAAACUAAAAUCCAGAAGAUCAUCACUCUGUCAGACACACAUGAUGGAUACACCAUCAGCUGUUCUGCCAGAUAUCCUGUGAAUGGAGGAAAAGAUUUCAAGACAUCACAGACAGUAAAGACUCUCAGUGUGUCAUAUGCUCCUAAGAACACCUCAGCAUCCAUCAGUCCAGCAGGUUUGGUGUCAGCAGGUAGCUGGGUGAACCUGACCUGCUCCAGCAGAGCCAAUCCUCCCGUCAGCAGCUUCACCUGGUUCAAGAAAAGAGAACAUGGAGACAUGAGAGUAGCUGAAGGAGACUUUUACAGCCUGAAUGUAACAGAUGGAGGAGUUUAUUACUGUGUGGCCUUGAAUAGUGUGGGGAGUCAGACAUCACCAGAUAUCCAUCUAAAUGUUGACGAUUAUCCUUGGAUCCCCACCAUGACCAUCCCAGGUGAUCUGAAGGAGAAUGAGCGUGUCACUAUAACCUGCUCAGCUGUCACUCCCUGUCCACACUCCCCUCCUGAACUCACCUGGAAUCUCCAACAAGACUCUCACACACAAACAGAGAAAAACAAAGAUGGAACCCUGAGAACUAAAAUUAAGAAGAUCUUCACUCUGUCAGACACACAUGAUGGAUACACCAUCAGAUGUUUUGCCAGAUAUCCUGUGAAGGGAGGAAAAUAUUUCAAGACAUCAUGGACAGUAAAGACUCUCAAUGUGUCAUAUGCUCCUAAGAACACCUCAGCAUCCAUCAGUCCAGCAGGUUUGGUGUCAGCAGGUAGCUGGGUGAACCUGACCUGCUCCAGCAGAGCCAAUCCUCCCGUCAGCAGCUUCACCUGGUUCAAGAAAAGUGAACAUGGAGACCUGGAAGUAGCUGAAGGAGACUUUUACAUCCUGAAUGUAACAGAUGGAGGAGAAUAUUACUGUGUGGCCUUGAAUAGUGUGGGGAGUCAGACAUCCAAUAACAUUUUUCUCAAUAUCAGAGGUAACUUGUUAACUAUUUAUGAUCUAAUUCAUUUGAUGAUUUUAAAGGUAGCGUCUUCAAUGUUUUCCAGCUGA